UUGGUAUAUAUAGUCUGUGUGACUAUCAGAGUUCUCCUGGCAGCCAUCAUGAAGGGUGCAGUCUCGAUCUGUUUCCUCUCUCUGCUGCUUUUGCAGGCCACAGCAGAAGAAGAAGAAGAUGUUACCUCCGUCCUUAGAGACAGAUCUCACAUCGAUGAGACGCUGCGGCUUGCAAUGGAGGAAAAAGCAGGAGACUAUGCAGCGGCUCUGGAGAGGUUGCGGAAGAUCUACCAUACGUCCAUCAAGCCGAUGGAGCAGGCCUACAAGUACAACGAACUGAGGCAGCACGAGAUCUCAGCCUACCCGGGAAGAACCCUGGGGGACUCAGCCACAGAUGGAGAGAUUACCUCCAAGCCCAUGGUGCUAUUCCUGGGACCGUGGAGUGUAGGAAAGUCCUCCAUGAUCAAUUACCUCCUGGGCUUGCAUGACCACCCCUAUCAGCUCUACACAGGAGCUGAGCCUACUACCUCUGAAUUUACAGUUAUUAUGCACGGGGAAAAGAUCCGCUCUGUUGAGGGUAUCGUUAUGGCGGCUGACAGCUCGCGCUCCUUCUCUCCCCUGGAGAAGUUUGGUCAAAACUUUCUUGAAAAGCUGAUUGGUAUUGAGAUGCCCCACAAGCUUUUGGAGCGUGUGACGUUCGUAGAUACACCGGGAAUUAUUGAGAACCGGAAACAGCAGGAAAGAGGCUAUCCUUUCAAUGAUGUCUGUCAGUGGUUCAUUGACCGUGCUGACCUGAUCUUUGUCGUGUUUGACCCCACCAAGCUGGAUGUUGGUCUGGAGCUAGAGAUGCUCUUCAGGCAGUUGAAGGGUCGUGAGUCACAGAUUCGCAUCAUCCUGAACAAGGCUGACAACCUGGCCACCCAGGACUUAAUGAGAGUUUACGGAGCGCUCUUCUGGAGCUUAGCUCCCCUCAUCAAUGUCACUGAGCCUCCCCGUGUCUAUGUCAGUUCCUUCUGGCCAUAUGACUAUGCACCUGACACCAGCCGGGAGCUCUUCAAGCGAGAGGAGAUCUCUCUUCUGGAGGAUCUCAAUCAGGUGAUCGAAAACCGCAUGGAGAAUAAGAUUGCCUUCAUCCGCCAGCACGGUAUCCGUGUACGCAUCCACGGCUUGCUGGUAGACCGCUACGUCCAGACCUUUAAAGAGAAGAUGAGCUUCUUCAGUGAUCCCGAGUUAGUCUUCCAGGAAAUUGUAGAUGACCCAGACAAGUUUUACAUUUUCAAAUCCAUCCUAGCCAAGACCAACGUCAGCAAAUUUGACCUGCCCAACCGCGACGCUUACCGUGACUUCUUUGGCAUCAACCCUAUCACCAACUUCAAGCCUCUGUCAGCUCAGUGCUCCUACAUCGGAGGCUGUCUGCUUGAUAAGAUUGAGAAGGCAAUCACCACUGAGUUGCCUGCCCUUCUGAGCAGCAUUAACUCUGGCAAGCAGCCUGGCCUGUCCUCCUGCGAGGCCACCGGCUGUGGUGAGAAGCCAAAGAAUCGUUACCGAAAGAACUGAGGAACACAAAAUACUCUAAAGGUAGAAAGGAGAAGGUGAAGGUGAAGAGAAAGGGUCUGGUCGAUGCCAACCCUGCUUUUUGUCAGAACGCUUGUAUCACUAAUGGAGACAGAGGCGAGAAGAUGCUUUUUUCUUUCCUUUUUUUUUUCUCAGGAGUUUAAGGGGAGGUGCAUUUAAUGUCCGUAGGAUUGAAAGAGAUAGCGGGAGGGGUCAUCGAUAAAGGCAGCUUAAGGAUACAAGUGCUGAAGAAAUGAGAACAUGCCUCUCUCCCUUGCACAACCACUCUGGACUGUCUGGGACUUUGGGAUUGGGAAAUCAAUGAUGUGAAUAAAAGAGGAAAUGGGAAAGAUUAAAUGAGAAGGAAUAAAAAGUUUAAAUCCUGAACAAAAAAAGUCAAAUACCAGCUCCCUUGUAUGUGAAUAAAGGAAAAAAGUGGAAACAGAAAUGUGUGUUGGACAACUUGUGAGAAUUGCAUUGCAGCAGGUGAAUUCCACACGCUUCAGGAAGCUGUUUUUGAAGUAGCCCCUUGUGUGGGUGCCACACAGAGCUAGACAUCCAAACCUUUGCUUUUGAAUUAGAUUAACACUGCAUGUUCGACAUCACAAAAGGUGCAUGCAUUUUCUCUCUGACACAAGCAAUAGUCCCUUGUGUUACUGACACCUGCAACACAUGUGGCUGUUUUUUUGUUUUGGUUAUUUUUCCUCGUAAUUUUGUAUGCUCGCCAGUCUUGGUUGUUGACAACCUCUGAGAAUAGCAGGGGUCAGGGAUCAAAGGUCAGAGUCUUCAGUGCAGAGUGGGUGUGUUUACUCUGCUUGUAACUGUUGUUACUCUUUCUUUGUUUUGUUUUGUUUUUUUUUGAGUCUAUAAAUUUGCUUUCAGCAGAAUUUAAAUGCUGUGUUAGCGUUUAUUUUCCCCUCAGUGAUAAGCUUCUCAGCCCUUUCUUUUAAGUGAUCAUAAAAAAAUAACAUAUGAAUGAGGCUCUAAUAUAUAUAUAUAUAUAUUAGAGAGAGAGAUAUUUACACACACACACGCACACACCUCUGCUGCAAAAUUUUGAAAAGUGCUGCCAAAGUGUGGUCGAUCUUUGCAGAUUUCCCAGCUUGCAAAAAAAAGAAAAUAAAAAAAUGUGAGAUGGAGGUAAAGGAGGACUCAUGAGUUGACCCCUGACCUCUAUGGAGAGAAGGAAAGCAGAAGGUAGCUUUUACCGCAAGUUCCUGUGUACCGUGCCUCAAUAGAUGUCCUAAACACACUUGGACAGUCUGGGCAUUGAACAAUGGAUAUUUUGCUUGUUGGCUUCAGCUUUGUGGAGUCUCUGCACACCUUAGCAUGUUAUUUCUUUUUCUUUGGCUUUAUAAGUUGUAAAAGACAAAAGAUCAAAUGUGUUAGGGUUAGCAGCUUCUGACAGAGCCAGGCUCGUUGCUUCCAGUGUGGGUGCUGAGCUGAUUCAGUAUAUUUUUCCAAAUUUUUUACAAGAGUGCUUCAUACACAAAGCCCUAAAUCGUAAAGAACAGGUAGGUGGUUCUAAGCUAACCCAACAAAAAACUAAAGUUGACUCAUGGCCAAGCGCACUUCCUGUUUCCUCCACGUGUCCUGCCUCACUAACACCCCUGCUGCUUUUCCCAACUAAACUCUGAAGCAUGAUUCAAAAGAAUAUAGCAAACAUAACCUCCAAAUAAGCUCAACUUUGAUUAACUUUUCAGUUUGAGUGUAAGUGCUGCACAGGGUGUUUAGUAUGUUUACACUGCAGAUUCAGAACAUGGCCACUAGAGAGAGCUGUGUAAAAAGAGGAAAGAAAAUGCAGACCACUGGCAAAAGUUUAUAGUGGGAUUGAUCGCUCAGGCUUCGUAACAUUAGGUGCUUGCAUUUUAUUUAUUUUUUUGUGUACUUGAGUGUAAUUUAUCUUCAUUUACCUGUGAAUUAGAUAUUGAAUGGAUGUGCAUCCCAUUAAAGUAGUUGUUGAUUCACUUUUUUUUCCUUUUUAAAAAAAAAAAUUAAGUUAAUCUUGGCCUAAUUUUUGCAAGCUUGACCAUCAAGAAUAAAGAUUUCUGAUGGAC